CUUGUCCACAUCACGAUCCGCAGAGUAAAACCCUCGCGAAACCCAUCAUUCUGAAAAUCCCGGACUCACGACUGUGAGAGGAUAGCCACAGCUGCAUCAGCAAUGGACGGCGGGAAGCCUCAGAAGAAAGAACAAUCUAAGAAGAGAAAGCAUGGUUCCCUUCCGAAAGCAGACUCUGGUAAACUGAUUUCUAAAAAACUGAAACCGGCUUCCGGAAACCCGAAGAAUGCUCCUAAGAAGCCUUCCACGUUGUUUAAGAAAGGCACCACACUGAAUGAGGAAGACGCUAAGCCGCGAGCUCGUAAAGAAAAUGCCUCCGGAGAGAGCGACGGACCGCGAGCUGCAUCUUCAGCAAUGGAUGGGAAGCCUCAGAAGAAAGAACAGUCGAAAAAGAGAAAGCAUAUUUCCCUUCCGAAAGGAGACGCUAGUAAAGUGAUCCACAAAAAAUUGAAUUCUGUUCCCGGUAACCCGAAGAGUGCACCCAAGAAGCCUUUCAUGUUGUCCAAGAAAGGGACGAAACCCACAGUGGAAGCUAAGCCUCAAGCUCGUAUAGGUAAUGCGGAGUCGAAGAAGGAGAGCCGUUUACGAGCUAAGGAAGUGACUGAAGCUAGGAAGAAGAAGAGGAAGAGACAUUAUACAUUAGAACAGGAGCUUACAAGAUUGUGGGAGAAGAUGAGGCAAAGAAAUAUUUCAAAAGAAGAUAGAUCAAAAUUGGUGAGUGAAGCUUUGAAGAAGAUUCAAGGAAAAAUCCCUGAAGUGGCUAGCUCACAUGUUACGUCUCGUGUUCUUCAGACAUGUGUCAAACAUUGUACCCCUGAUGAAAGGAAUUCCGUGUUUCAAGAGCUCCGGCCUCACUUUAUUACCCUCGCCUGUAACACAUAUGCUGUACAUCUGGUCACAAGGAUGUUAGAUAAUGCGUCAAAAAAACAACUGGCAGACUUUAUGUCAUCUCUUCAUGGGCAUGUUGCCUCUCUUCUUCGUCAUAUGGUUGGUUCGCUUGUUGUUGAGCAUGCAUAUAAAUUGGGGAGCCUAGCUCAGAAACAAGCUUUUCUGAUGGAACUAUAUUCACCUGAACUCCAGAUUUUCAAGGAUUUGGUCUCAGGGAAUGAGGCCAGUAUUGCAGAUGUCAUUUCCAAGCUGCAUCUACCAAAAUCAUCAGUCUUACGUCACAUGUCAUCUGUGCUUCAGCCUAUACUGGAGAAGGGAAUUCUUGAUCACUCUAUCAUACACAGGGCAAUUGUGGAGUUUCUAAGCAUUGCUGAUCAGUCUUCUGCUGCAGAUGUAAUCCAGCAGUUAUCAAGUGCAGAUCUUGUACGGAUGAUGCACACCAGGGAUGGAUCCAGGAUUGCAAUGCUUUGUGUCAAGCAUGGGAGUGCAAAGGAUAGGAAGAAAAUAAUCAAAGGGAUGAAAGGAAAAAUUGAGAAGAUAGCUCGUGAUAAGUUUGGUAGUAUGGUGCUUGUGUGCAUACUUUCAAUUGUUGAUGACACGAAACUUCUAUCAAAGAUUAUUAUUUGUGAGCUUGAGGGCAUUCUGAAGGACAUUGUGUUGGAUCAGAAUGCAAGGAGACCUAUAAUGCAAUUACUUCAUCCCAUCUGCUCUCGUUAUUUGAGCCCAGAUGAUUUGGAGUCGCUCAAUUUAUCGAUUCCCUCACUCACUGUCAAGGGGUUGUCAGAAAUGGAUAAAGCAGAAUCUCCGUGUGCUUUAGAAGAUGGAACCAAUGCAGUUGAGCCCACAUCUGAAAAAACUAAGUGCACAUUAAAAGCUCAACAUUUAAAUGAGGGCGGCAAAAAAGAUCCUCUAAGGAGGAGGCAAGAGUUGCUUGUAGAUAGUGGGCUUGCUGAGAAACUCCUUGAUGUGUGCUCUGAGAUGCCUGAAGAGUUACUAAGAUCAAAUGUUGGUAAAGAUGUUGUGUUUGAGGUUGUAUGCGGGGGUGCUGAUGGAAUUCUCAGUCACACUCUAAAUGAGAAAUUGGAAGCCUUGUAUGAAACUAUAGCAUCACUUGCCUCACAACCUAAACUGGAGGAGGCAGAAGAGGAACAUAUCCUUGAGAACUACCAUUCUAGUAGGACUAUCAGAAAAUUAGUCUUAGAGUGCCCUGCCUUUGCUCGCACUUUAUAUGAAAAAGCUCUAAAAGGAUAUUGUGAAACAUGGGCGCAAGGUCACAGCUUAAAGGUGAUAAGCGCAUUUUGGGAAACCUCUGAUCCUAUGGUGCAUGAAUUGAUCAAUGAAGAAUUGCAGCCAUUGGCAGAUAAUGGCAUUCUCAAGGUAGCAUCUCAAGCAAAAGAACUCCCUAAAGUGGUGUGACAAGAAAAAGGUAAACGAGUCUAAAUGUGGAUACUGGAUGGCUCAUAUGGCAAUGAUGUAAGAGUAAAGGACAGUAAUAUAUACCCUCUGCUAAAGAAACUGUAUCCAUUUGGUUCCGCUCAAUUUUGAUAGAACAUGUAAGCACAUUUUCACUUUCCGUUGUCUAGUAUUUCUUCAGCCCAUAUUAAUGUAAUCAAACUAUUUAAAGAGGUAUAAAUUGAAUUAAGAAGCUUUCCGUUUGGGUACAGAUUUGGGAACAUUUCUCAUUGUUUUUUGGAAUUCAGUAGUGUUCAUUGACCAUUUAUAUAGUUUAAAUGUGUUUGAUUUUGUUACA